GAGGAAACGAGGUCAAAAUCUGAACGAAUUCGUGUUAGUCUUUUAGGUUGGAAAUGCAUACCUAAUUACCUAUGAUUUAACCGUGUUUUUUUGGGAUAUAUUCAUUCGUACAAUAAGACGUAAUGGACGAAGAAGAAAUACAGCCCUCUAAAGAACCUAGUCGUUUGAGCAGCGAGCUAGCUAAUGAUAACAGUAAUGUUUUACAAGUAAUGGAUAAUCUAACUGAAUUUGGCGACGAAAACGAUGAUUCGGAUAGUCCUAUUGACGACGAUAAUGAGAUCAAUGAUGAAAAUGAUGCUGACGGCGAUGAAGACGGUGACACACGAAAUGGCGAUACUGCUGAUGAUACAAGUACAGAAGCUGAAAUAAAUGUUGCUGGGGCAUGUGCAAAAACUCCAGAUGAAGAUACUGUUGAGACCGUGAACGUAGAGAAAAAGAGGUUUUGUGAUGCCUGUAAAUAUGAUGACUUACUGGAAACUGCCUCAGGUUUCUGUAUAACAUGUACCGAAUACCUCUGUCAAAAUUGCUGCAGAGACCACAAGAAGAAUAAGCUAACGAGAGAACAUAAUAUGCUUAAAGAUGGCAUCAUGCCCAAAGAUGUUUCUCCCUUCAGAGCUAUACGAGACUUGUUGAAAUGCAAAACACACCCAGAGAACGAGGUUGCUUACGAAUGUGUGGACCACAAACAGUUGAUCUGUGUGUCUUGUCUAACAGGGAGCCAUCGGAAAUGCGACGACAUAGUCGAUCUGGGAACCAGCGACAAAAACUGUCUCGCCAAGGCGGCUGAUUUUUCCCUCGUCACUAAGCUCCUCGAUAGGCUGAAAAUCUGCACUCAGCGAAAUGUGGAAACAGCCGACAGAGUUAAAAGUCAGCGAUAUGAAAUUAAGCAAGAAUGUGAGGAACUAAUGGACAAAUGGAAACAGCAUAUUGAAACGCUUGGAAUUUUGCUUCAAACUGAGGCAGAGGCAUGGGCCAAACGUGAAGUUAAAGCAUCACAAGAGCGUUUAAGUCAAUGUUUAAAUAUUAAAAAAAAUAUUGAUGAACAUUGGGAUAUAGUAUCGGUGUUAACACUACAUGGAUCAAGGAAAGAGGUGGCAGUGGUGUCCAAGACGCUUACCGAGAAAAUGAACAUGUACAAGAGUAAAAUAGUAUCCAUAGAAAACAGUAUUCCAAAGCAGUUACUUCUGCGCAAGACAGAGCCAUGUAAUGUGCUCCAGUCACUUGGCUCAGUUUCUCUUCAAAUAGGUGAUGCUCCAAUAGAGACAAAUGUUAAAUCACCUGAAAACAUCUGUAAUGCUAAAGGCACAGAGGCAAACGUGUCAGAAGAAGCAAAUGCAACUCCAAGGGAACUGAUGAAGAGAAAAAUUGACAGUGGUAAAAUGUAUGAAGUGAAAACCACCACUGAUGCAAAAACGUGUUCAAUAGUUGCUAUAAAGACUGUAUCAGACGGACAAAUUGUUGUUGCUGACCAAGGGAAUGAAAAGUUGAAGCUGCUAUCAAGAGCAUUAGAUCCACUCACAGAGAUUAAACUUCCAGGUGUGCCAUCUGAUAUGUGUUGCCUUGGAAACGAGGUAUUCCUCUGUUUUCCCGAAUUAAAAAAGAUAUAUAGGUACACAGUUGGCCCGUCUGUAAUUCAAGAACCAUCAAGCUACGCAACUAAAAGGCCUCCUGUUAGUUUGUCAAUGUUUGAUGAAGAACGUCUGAUUAUUCUAUUUAGAACGAAAAGCACUUCUGAUGAAUCACAAUCCGAUGAUGUGGCCAUAGAAGUAAGAGAUGGCAAUCGCAUAAAUGCAACACUUGAACACUCUGAGGAUGAAGAUUUCAACACCGUUAAAGAAGGUCAGUGGGUCAUGCGUUAUGACGAGUCUUUAAUCAUCUUGGCAGAAAAUGAGAAAAUUUCUUGCUACAUAGUUGAUGAAGUUGAAAAGUGGCUCCUUUUUAAAAAAAGAACCCGUGUGUACAAUUCAAGCAAGAAAAGAAGAUUAAAGAAACCUAGAGGAUUGUGCCAAGACCCGGAAGGAAAUUGCGUAUACGUCUGUGGCGAGGAAUCAAAUAACGUUCACGAGGUUUUGAUCCGGGACAUCGGAUGCUAUAGCCGCGUAAUUGUGAAGGGCGUAAACAAACCGCUGUGUUCCUACGUGGAGACGAAUAGAUUAAUCGUGGGUUGUCAGGACGACUUCCUACGCGUGUACACGUUCAUAUAAACGCUCCAACGCGUGUCAGUGCGUUUUUUUCAAAUGAACAUUGAAGAAAUCAAGUAUAUAUUGCACAUUUUCAUUCUCAGUCAAAAUGCUGCUCACAAGUCCUUGUGCUCAGCAUUUAGAGAACAUACACCCGCGGUUUGACGUCAUGGCAGAGCGAGCCGAGAUGUUCUGAGUGUGUUCAUAUAUACUAUUGAGCGUAUGGCAAUCAUAGGCACAUUGCUCUCAAGAAAUGAAGCUACAGAACAUAACUGGAUAUGAUGAAACAAAGUAGAUUUAUACAGCAUUAGUAGACUUGCUUAGAUGUUUAAAGUGAGUUUGUUACAUAUUGUUUUUUCGCCAACUCUUUUUAACUUUCUUUUACACAUGGUUGGUGUCUUAUCUAAGAAUGACAUUUAUUGUUGAAUUUGAACUCAAAUGCUGUGUGUGACUGUCUUACUGCCUCAGUAACGCCGAUGUUAUGGUAUUAUAGGGUUUAAUAUAUGAUACCUGAAGUUCAGUGAUGUCCGUUAUUGAUCCUAUAUAUAGUCUAUGUAUAUAUAUUUCUGCUUGCACUGAAAUACAUUUACCGUUGAUUUAUUGCAAGGAAGACGUACGAACGUUUUAAUGUUAGUUGGAAAAUCGUUUAAAUUGUUUUUAUAUAUAUAUCUAAUUAAAGAGAGGCAUCAUGGAAACCUACAUUUAAAAUAAAAUGGCUAAAAUAA